AGAUUUACAGUAUGAUAAUUGCAUUGAAAAGAUCACACGUUUAUGACAAUGAUUUGUGUCUGGCAUGCAUUUUGGGCUAUGAUGUCGAUUAUUUAGCUCAGUAACAUCUUUUAAUGAUACACAUAUUUGCAAAUUACUAACAAAGCUACCUGUACGUUUAUGGCUGGUAACUGCCUUGCAUAAAUAGCAACUUGCAAACAGAUUCCCCAUAUGUAUGUUGCGCCAGUAGGCAUGAUAAUGUUUUCAUUAUUUCCCAAUAAAGAUUGAAGGAGCGCCUUGGUAACUAUUAGCAGGAACCACUGCCAAUUAUAGUUUUUAAUUAACUUUCUAGUUGCUUGUGAGAUUAUCACAUGUAAAAUAAGCUCACCCCUCCCCUCUUUUUUCUUAGGCACUGAACCGUUAACCAUCCUAUUUAUACCAAGCAUCAUUAUAGCACUGUCAAAAAAUGGCAAAGUAGGACAAAGUAAGUAAUCACAGGCUCCGGUGACAAAUGGAUUUUUGUAGGGCCUUCCGAGUCUUUCCGUGAAGUCUGGAUUUCCCUCCCCAGGGACUGUGUAUACUGAGAGAAUAGACCAAUUUAUUUCAAAGUGUAAUCACUAAAUACAGCGAUGCAUCACAAGACAGCUGGUACUGUAUGUGCACAGCGAUUUGAAGAGUCAUGGCCAGAAUAAAGGGUUUCCAUUCAUCAGCCUCAGGACCAGAUGAACUGAUAUCAAUCCCUGUUUCUAAAGCGUCUGUAUCGUAUUGAUCUUGUCCCAUAAUACGCUGUAACGAGCUGUAGACAUAACUAAACACUGCAGGGUUGCCAAAAGUGAAAACAUAUUUUUCUGUUCGCUAAGUCACAUGCUUUUUUCAAUUCAGAGAGUUCUAUAUGACAGGAAGCAUCCUUUGGCAAUAGCCAAAAAGACUGCCCUUGCGCAUAUGUACAAGUGUGCGCACAUGGAAGGCUACUACUCUACUUAUGGGAGGAACGGCAGUUAUGUAACACAUAACAUCAGCAGAUUCAAAGAGAAAUGCACCAGCUGCCCUGAUGAAUGCCCAGACACUACAGAAACAUUACCAUCUUCACUACACAAAGAUCACACUUCAGAGGAACAAGGACACAUGACAGAGGAGAACCACACCCAUGAUGGUGACCUUGUUCGAACUCAACCUCAGCCCCUACCCCAGCUUACAGCAUCCCUGCCCCAUGCCAGCGAUGGAGAGGCUGCCAGGCAACAGAACGGCACGCACACAGGUCUGAGUAACGGCCACGGCACGCCCCGUGGGGUCACAGAUACCCGCACCUCAGAGCCCAAGAGACACCCGUCGCCCGUCUCGCACCGCGUACAGAGGAAGAUUCGCUCUAGCCUCUCGGUUAACAGCGACAGCAGCAGAAAGAGCAAAAACAGCUCGACGGGUUCUCACAAACCCGGCUCCACUCCAGAGGCAGACUGCUGUGUCCACUGCAUCCUGGCCUGUCUGUUUUGUGAGUUUCUCACUCUGUGCAAUAUGGUGGUGGCUCAGGCCUCUUGCGGCACCUGCACAUCAGAAGCCUGCUGCUGCUGUUGCUGUGCGGACGACCUGGGAGACGACUGCAACUGUCCCUGCGACAUGGACUGUGGCAUUAUGGACGCGUGCUGCGAGUCUUCCGACUGCCUGGAAAUUUGCAUGGAAUGCUGCGGAAUCUGUUUCCCUACAUAAGAGGGAAGUGAUGAACAGGACAGAUGUGUGUGUUCGAAUCACACUAGUGAACAAUCUGUUCCCGAGCUCAACAUGAUCUUGGAAAGUUCAUGAAAACUAUACAAAGGACCAAAAUAUUUUUUGCAUAUUGUACUUAUCCUUGUAUAAAACUACAUAGACCUUUGAUGUUUAAUGGGAAAGUUAAUCUGAAAAAUUUUGUCAUCAUUUACUUGUCAUUAAAUUAAAUUGGUAUAAAUGCCUUCAGUUAAACUAAAAAUAAAAAUCUGAGGCAGAAUGUCCGAGCAAUUACUUUUCAUAAUAAGAAAUAAUAUUGUGAUUUUUUUUACUCCAAAGAAGCACUAUAAUAGCACUACAAUAAUGUGCUAAAAAGCUAAACUAAAUUUUAAUUGUUAUUGAUAGACAAAGUAGAGAUGUUCAUUUCAGUAAAUUUUCCCGACCAACAAACGUAGCUUUGUUAACCGAACAUUAACCUUUAACUGAUUAGAUUUUACAGUUGACGGUUGUCUGUGACCCGGUAAAAACAAUACAAACAUUUUAUUUAAUUUAAACGUACAAACAGCAGCAACAGAUCAACAACAGAACCAGGAUUCAUACAUUAUCAAAGACCAUAUGCGAUCAAUCCAGAGGAUUAAUAUCCAAAGAGUGCAGAUUGUCUCUUUUUCAUCUACUACAGUGGCCAUUUCUUAGGCAGCACACAUUUGAAAAUGUUUUUCUUUUGCGUCUUUUUGUGUUUAUGAUCAGGUUCUUAGACAGAGGCGAUCAACGAAGGUCUGGCCACUGAUAUGUGCAGAUGCACGCGAGAUGGACCGCAUCCACCUUGCGCACACACGCGACUCCUUGCAGCUUCCAAACCAUACUUAAGCACGGACACACAUGCAGUACAAAUUAUUUCUCAUACAAAUUAUUACCAGACCGUCAGGACAGCGCUGAUUCAUUUACAGGACAUUAACAAAUUAAGGAUAGAAAGUGGCGAAAUGUCUGUAGGCACGUGUUAAUAGAUUCUUACCUUUUGGUUAACGGUUAACCGGUCAAUAUGAGCAUCCCUAAGAUAAAGUUUCCUAUUGGCUUUGAUUUUAAAAAUCACUUGCAACAUGAUGGUGAGUAAAUGAUGACAUGUUUGAAAUGUUUGGGUGAACCAUUUUUUUAAAUCAAGUAUUCAUUACUUUAUACUUAAUGCUUUAUUGUCUUUUUGUAAAACUGUUCUAAUUACAAUUUUAAUUUAGUUUUUAUUUUUAUGCAAGGGAUUUUAACAUCCCAUUCUUUUUCUUUACCAUCUCAAUGUUAAAAUGAAAAGCGAGCACACAUCACCUGACUUGAGUUCGCUCACAAAUCACUAUGUUUUGAAUGGAAACAACGCGUUUACACUGUCAGAAGUCAAGCCUUAAAUGGGAUAUUAUGUUUUUUUGAAAAACGUUAAAUGACAGUCUUUAUUUAAGCAGGGUCUGCUGUAGCUCAUCUCAUUUAAAGUCCCUAAGUUUGUUGUCCAAUGACAUAAGCGGUUAGCUUAGUGAGAAGUCUUUGAUGUCACUCAAACUGGAUAAACAAAUCACUUAAAAUUCUGAUAUAAAAAUCAACUUGAACAUUUUUAUCGCAAAAAGAAGCGAGACGUGCACUAGUAAAAAAUAAAUAAUUGACCAAUCACCCUAUUGAUGUGGUCUUGAAGUUAUUAGGUAAUUGUGACCCCCCCCCAAAUAUCUUAUAAAGAUACCCAACACUGUAAAAAGUUACUUCAAUUGGUAAAUGAAGUCGUUUUUUUAAGUUUAUCCAACUUUACUUUUUACAGUGUAGCAAAGCACAUUUUUGCCUUAUUUCUUAAGUGAAUACUGGAAACACUUGCAAAGCUCCUUCUAUUCUUGAUUGUUAAAUCAUAAAUUUGAUAUUGAUUACCUUGCCUAAGGCCUUUUGUGAAUUGUACAAACUUGACAUUUAUCUGCAUUAUGUAAGCUAAUGUUAACAUUAUAAUGUGUUUUUGUUUGUAGCGCUUUUGGUACGCUGUGUGUGCUUGUGACUUGUCUGAGUUAAAAAGUGCUUGUCACAUACUUGACAAAAUGCACCUCAGAACACAGUGUGACUGAUCCAACCCAUGCCAUCACACUUUAUAAACAGGUUUUAAACAAACUACUUGACCUCUGUAGACGUCUUACCUCUCCACAACCCUUUUUGACCUAGCUGGUCAUUUUACACUGAAAAUCCAAAGGAAAUAUGCAAAAGUAUUUUUGACUAAAGACGUUUAUUCAAUUCAAUUUUCAAUUCAAUUUUAUUUAUAUAGCGCUUUUCACAAUUGUUUAUUGUUACUGUAAAAGCUUAAAAAGCGUUUUUAAAUACUCGACUCAAUUUUGACAUUCAUUUCUUGAAUUACAGUAAAGAGCUUGAAAACAUGCACAAACAAAAUGCAUUGUUGUAAAAUCACGUCUCUUCCCCUUCUCAGAAAAUAACAAUCGUACCAUUUAAUUAAAACCAAAAAAAUUACAUGCAUAUUUAAACUCUCAAAUCAAGAUGUGUUUAUCGGGAACUAAUUGCAAUUAAGACAACCAGACAAAACAGUAAUAGUCUAAAGUAGUCCACAAUAGCUCGAUUAAAAAGGAAAGAAAGAAAAUAAAGUGCAUUUUCUCUAUAUGAAAAAAUCAGGUUUCAUAAUUAUAAAAGAUUUUCAACAGAAUGUGAAUAGAGCUUUGCAUAUUUGUCUGUUUUGUUAAUGCACACUGUAGUCAGCCCAUCGUUUUAUGUGUUUCCUCUCUGUACACAGUACAUAUUUUAAAUGUCUUCUGUGUGUAUGAAGCGUUGUGUGUUAAUGGACCAUCAGCAUUGCCUUUCUUUUUAUUUUUAAAUAAAAUGUUAAACUGAAGACAAAGACGUCUCCACCUGCUUGUAAUGCUGAAUUGUGUGAUUAUUCAAUGAAAAUCAGCUACACGCUUUUCUCAGGAAGACGCCC